CCAGCUGCUCUAACUGUGAGUCCCAGCAGAUCUCAGUUCUUUGAAGGAGACUCUGUGUCUCUGAGCUGUGAGGAGGACAACAGCUCUGCUGGAUGGACUGUGAGGAGGAACACAACCAGAGAAACCAGGACUCAGUGUGGAGAUGGAUGGGGUAAACCAGCUGGUUAUUCUUGUAACAUCAGCAGCCUCCUCAUAGAGGACAGUGGAGUUUACUGGUGUGAGUGGAGAGAGGGAGCAGCCAGCAGCAGCAUCCAGCUCACUGUCACUGGUGAAUCAGUGAUCCUGCAGAGUCCUGUCCUCCCUGUGAUGGAGGGAGAUGACGUCACUCUGAGCUGUCACACAAAGACCGCUCCCUCCAACCUCCCAGCUGCUUUCUAUAAAGAUGGCUCCCUCAUCAGGAAUGAGCCUGCAGGUCACAUGACCCUCCACCAUGUGACCAGCUCUGAUGAAGGCCUCUACAGGUGUAGCAUCAGCGGUCGUGGAGACUCUCCAUCCAGCAGGAUCUCUGUCUCAGUUAAACCUACAACAAGCCAAACUACAAGCCCCUACUUCGCCACAUCUCCUCCUCCUGCCUCAGCUUCUCACUUUGUGUUCAUGCUGCUCUUCCACCUGGUGGUCUUCUGUCCCUUUUUUAUCUCCACUCUCCUCAUGGUGUCUCUAUAUCGACAGAGAGACACAGGAAGUGACCUAUUUGUUGCCAUGGUGAUGACUCCAUCCUCCAAGACUGAUCAGGGAUUGGAUGAGAAUUAUGAUGAUGUCACCACAGAGCAUCACUUCUGA